GCGCGCUUUCAGUGUUUGCUUGUUUUCAGCCGGUUUCGGUCGCGAACCGGACCUGGUUUUCAGUACUAGCCGCGAUAUAUCGCGACUCGUAAACUCGUUCAUCUUUGGCAGCGGAAAAUUGAAAUGGUCGGCGUCCAAUCUUCAGGAUUGCCCCCAUGAAAAAUUACUAAACUCGCACAAGAUGUGAACUUGCUCCAACUUAAACUCGAAACUCACUCCGUUUAAGGAAAUGGAUUCGUUCCAAUCAUCGAAACACUUAAUCUUCAAAGGUCCAGAUGUUAAUUGAAACAACCCAAAACAAAAUUCAAAUAUUGAAACCUGUAUGUAACCAUCACCCAACUCAUCAUCGAAAAUGAACAAAUCGAAUGGAAGUUACGAGACAUCACUCGGUGUAUUAGCAGUACCAGAAUGGGAAGCAAUAAUAACAAUACUAACUCUUUCCCUAAUAAUAAUCUUAACGAUAGUUGGAAAUAUCUUGGUGAUACUCAGCGUUUUUACUCAUCCACCGUUACGAAUAGUUCAAAAUUUCUUUAUCGUUUCCUUAGCGGUGGCAGAUUUAACCGUAGCCCUUUUAGUGAUGCCCUUGAACGUCGCUUACUUCAUAAUAGGUAAUUGGAUUUUCGAUAUUCAUGUGUGCAAGAUGUGGUUGACCGCUGACAUCAUGUGUUGUACCGCUUCGAUAUUGAAUCUAUGCGGUAUAGCUCUGGACAGAUUCUGGGCGAUUACGGAUCCGAUUAAUUACGCUCAAAAGAGAACUUUGAAGAGGGUUUUGUGGAUGAUUUUCGGCAUAUGGGUUUUGUCGUUGUUAAUUAGUUCUCCGCCAUUAAUGGGAUGGAACGAUUGGGAUCCGAAAGAUUUUGAAGUAAAGAAAAUUUGCAAAUUAACGGAGGAGUGUGGUUACGUGGUUUAUUCUUCAUUGGGAUCGUUUUUUAUCCCACUUUUUAUUAUGACAAUUGUUUAUGUUGAGAUUUAUAUUGCAACGAAAAGAAGGUUAAGGGAAAGAGCGAGGGCUAGUAAAUUAAAUGCUUUGGUGACGAAGAACCCAGCACCGAAUUAUAAUAAAAAUCAUGAUAGGGAGUCUGUUAGUAGUGAGACUAAUUAUGAAGAGGGAGGUGAAGAGAAGCCUGUUAAUGGGAAAUUUAAGGAAAAGAGGAAGAAAAGUAAGAAGAAAAAGAAGGAAAAGGACGUUGAAAAAGGUAAUUAUUUGAAACCGGUGUUGGUUCAUGAAGAUUCUUUUACUGAUAAUGCCGAAAAUACUUCUGGGUCACAAAGGAAAAAUUCGAUUCCUUCAACUUCUGAUUGUAAAGAAGCUCUCUAUAUUAAUAAUCAAAAUAAACAGCCCACUGCUCCUCCUCCAGUUAAAAAGCCAGGUAUGGUUUAUCAAUUCAUCGAAGAAAAACAAAGAAUAUCACUUUCAAAAGAAAGAAGGGCGGCGAGAACCCUUGGUAUCAUAAUGGGAGUAUUUGUUAUAUGUUGGUUACCAUUUUUCUUAAUGUAUGUUAUAGUGGCAUUUUGUCAAAAAUGCGAACCAUCUCCUAGACUAUCUCAAUUCAUAACAUGGUUAGGUUAUAUUAAUUCUACAUUAAAUCCAAUAAUUUAUACGAUAUUUAAUUUGGACUUUAGAAAAGCUUUCAAAAAGUUGCUUAAAUUAAGCUAAAAUCUAAAAUGUAAUAAAUUAAAAAAAGUCGAUUCGUUUACAUUCUAGUAAUAAAGAGUUUGUAAAUAAACCUUUGUACAUUCCAAUUUUUGAGCUUUCGCCACGAUUUCCUAGAGCCCAGGAAGUCGUCGCAAGCUGUGAAAGUGUAAGUAUUUCGUCGUGAUGUCACAAAACUAUUAAAAAUAAAAAUACCUAUUUAAUUAUAUAAUAAAAAUACCUCUAGGAUUUAAAAGAAAUAUGCUCAUUGUGAAACGCUUCAAGAACAAAAAUAU